AUGCUUUUCAAAGAUGGGACGACCAACAAGCUGGUGGGCUGCUACGUGGAUGAAAGUCCAGAGGAUGUGGUUCUGGUGCGAGUUUAUGGGAACAAGACAGAGUUGAUCGUCGACAGAGAUAAUGAACUCAAAAGUUUUCAGGUGCUACAUGCAAACGGCUGCGCUCCGCGACUUUACUGCACCUUUCAGAACGGCAUCUGUUACGAGUUCAUGGAGGGAGACGCUCUGGGGACGCAGGACGUGAGGGACCCCACGCUGUGUCAACUCAUCGCCAGAGAAAUGGCUCGAAUCCACUCCAUCCACGCUCACAACGGCUGCAUCCCAAAACCAAACCUGUGGAUUAAGAUGAGGCAGUACUUCUCUCUGGUGGCCACGGAGUUCACUAACGAGGCGUCCAACAUCAGGUGA